AUUCGGGACCUUGCCCUCGCCCGCUUGACUGCUUUCCCCGUCCGCGUUCGCUUAACUCACUGUAACCGCUUCGAGUGGAAAACUUUUCAAGUUGGACAAACGAGACAGUUAAAGAGGGAGCUUCGCUGCGACGGGUUUGGCCCCCCCUCUCUCACUGGCCAAGCCUCCUCCACCGCCAUGCCUCUGGUUACCAGGAACAUCGAGCCACGGUAUGUGUGCCGCCAGCCCAUCCCGGCGAGCAUCCGCAGCGAGCUGGAAUGUGUCUCCAACAACAGCCUGGCCGCGGUCAUCCGCCAACUCGGCUGUCUCAGCAAGGAAGCCGAGGAUGUGUUCGGGGGGCUGUUGAAGGAGGCCAGAGACUUCUCCAUCCGGUUGGAGACGCUCGGGGAUCGAGUGGACAGUCUGCAGUUGAAAGUCACCCAGCUGGACCCCAAAGAAGAAGAAGUUUCUUUGCAGGCCAUCACCACUCGCAAGGCAUUCCGCAGCAGCGUGAUUCAGGACCAGCAGAUGUUCACACGGCCCUCGCUGCCCAUGCCCGUGCAGGACACCUACAUCACGUGCGACCCGCCUCCGCCGCUCAACUACCUCAGCCCAUACCGCGAUGAUGGAAGGGAGGCCCUCAAAUUUUACACGGAUCCCUCCUACUUCUUUGACCUGUGGAAGGAGAAGAUGCUGCAAGACACCAAAGACAUCAUGAAGGAGAAACGAAAGCACAGAAAGGAGAAGAAAGACCACCUGAACCAGCGGACCCUCAACCCGCGUAAGAUCAAAACCAGGAAGGAGGAGUGGGAACGCCGCAAGAUGGGCGAAGAGUUUGUGGUGCCCAAGAACGAGAUGAUGAGCUCCUUGGAGGGUCUGAACGGCAGUCUGGGAUCUGGCGACGAGGGCCUGGAUUUGAGCACGGGCUCCUACGCGUACGAUCCGCUGCCACCGCCCGGCGCCGAUGACUUUCUGCCUCCGCCGCCUCCCGACAUGUCGUACGGCGACGGCGGCAACCAGAAGCGCAUCAGCAUCCUCAGCCCCAACCACCCGCCGCCAGCUCCUCCUGUGGCUUCCCCUCCGUCCAACUCUCGCCCCCUUUCGCCGCCAUCCUUCAACGCUCCUGCCCCCCCUCCUCCUCCCGGCGCUGCGCCAGCAGCGGCCAGCGCGGCUCCCAAACAUCAGCCCGCCCCCGAGGGCGACGCCCGCAGUGACCUGCUGCAGGCCAUCAGACAAGGCUUCAACCUGCGCAAGGUGGAGGCGCAGCGGGAGCAGGAGAAGCAAAAUCACUUCGGCAACGACGUGGCCGCCAUCUUGUCGCGGCGCAUCGCCGUGGAGUGCAGCGACAGCGAGGACGACUCGUCCGAGUUCGACGACGACGAGUGGUCCGAGUGACGGUGCCUUCCUCCGCCCGUCUUUGCCGCCAUUGCCUUCAGGUUAGCACAGAAGGAAAAAGUCCACCAAGUCUCAAUCACAUUCCUUCACUUGUUUCUAUUUAUCUCAUUGAUUUUCAUUCCUGCCAUAACGGCGGUGUGUCUUCUCUAAUCAACACAUCGUCUUUAAGAACCUCCCCCUUUUUUUCGGGGGGAUUAUUCCAAGUGUAAUAUUAUACAGCAGUUUUAAGUGCGACACAAAGGGGAAGUCACAAACGAAACACAAAUGCGUGACUCGACAUGGAAUUGGCCAAGUGACAAAAUGGUGGGAACCACCUGAUUCUCAAGUGCCUUUUUUUUUUCCAUUUAAUAUAUAAAUUCAAUUUUGUGUCUGUGUAUUCACAUGCAAAUCACUUUUCCAAAGGGAUGAUGUAGUUUUCAUUUAUUCACGCUCCCAAAGACUGUCAACAAAAAAUGAUCUUGUUUAAAAAAAAAACAAUUAUAAUAAUAAAUUUUGAAUUUAUU